AGAAUGGAGAUGGGACUGACAGGUCAUCGUAGGCGCGUAGAGUUCUAGAGCGGUAGACGCUUCUGGACUCCUCGUGCGCAGUGCAGCAGACAUCGUCGAUCACGCAUUUGACCGGGCCGCCGCUGCUGCGCAUGACUGCAGUUGGAAUCGAGUCGUGUCGUCGAAGCUCUUGCUCGGGGGCACUCACUCGGACGAGGAGCAAGCGACGAGCGUAGCAGCGAGAAGAGUUCAGAGAGGCGGAAGGAGGCAGUAUUGUCGGAUUGGGAACCUCUGACAACGACAUAAAGUGGUGAGGAGAAGUUUGUUCGGUGUAAGCGUGAUCGCGGAAGGUUGCGAGGAUGUCGUACUUGCUGCCCCAUUUGCAUUCCGGAUGGGCUGUGGAUCAGGCCAUUAUGGCCGAGGAGGAGCGCGCCGUGGUCAUUAGAUUCGGGCACGAUUGGGAUGAAACCUGUAUGCAGAUGGACGAAGUGUUGGCGUCGGUUGCCGAGACAAUAAAGAAUCUUGCUGUUAUUUAUCUGGUGGAUAUCACUGAGGUGCCUGAUUUCAACACGAUGUAUGAGUUGUACGAUCCCUGCACGAUUAUGUUUUUCUUCAGGAACAAGCACAUCAUGAUCGAUUUGGGCACGGGAAACAAUAACAAAAUCAAUUGGGCUCUCAAGGACAAGCAGGAGUUCAUAGACAUCGUCGAGACCGUGUACAGAGGUGCUAGAAAGGGACGCGGUUUGGUGGUUUCUCCCAAAGAUUAUUCUACGAAGUAUCGCUAUUGAUGUGGCAAUUCAAGAUUGCUGAUCGCUGUGUAUGUCCCGGAGAUCUCGCGCUUUGUAGGAGGCCGUCAAGAGUUUGGUACAGAAGCCGCGGCGAUAGUAUCCGUGGGCAAUAUACUACUUGAAUCCUCAUAUCGUCGCCAGCUUCACGGAAGUGGUAUAAGUCUUCCAGACAACAUAGCCAGCAAGGCUCUAUAGUUCUAUCAGCGUAACAACUCCAGUGAAAGUCAGAGAGAGCACCUGGUCAUAUGACGAGAAAUUUCCAUCAUGACAUCUCAUGAACAAGUUGACGUCUAUCAGUGCUGGCUUGUUCGCAAGUCCAUCAUAGUCAACAGCUGCAGCAUAUAAACCCUAAAUUUUCAGUCUGAUGAAAGUGAUUCAAUUUCAUUGACUCUUUGCCACCUUUAUCGAAUUCCUUUCCGGAGUUUAUUUCAUUCUCAGUGUUGAGUUUUACAUUAGCACCGUAGUGAGUUAUUUACAUUGAGGGGUUUUUUUGGCACUCGAGAACAGAAUCGAACUUGGACCGUGAGUGGACACGUUGCGGGUGAAUAAGGACAGGACGCUCAGCAUGCCGACUCCACGGUGGCCGAUCAACAUCACCUUAGAAUCUCAGUUACACUCUUCACCGGAACUGCGAGUACAGUCUAUCUUUGCGAAUUUUGUACUAGGUUUACCACGGUUGUUCUUCUCAAGCUCGCCAAUGUCAAAGUUCGAUGAUCCACCGUAGAUGUAUCUUGCAUAAUGACUUUGCUUUUUGGAAAGUUGCGAUGCGUCCCGUUUGGUUCAGCUAGGAUGGCUUGAAAGUACGUCUAUAUUUCUGUUCUGCUGUUUGGAAGACUAUCAAGAUAAUUACAGAAUGAGAGGGGAGGAAAUCAGAAAUUGUUGUUGAUUUCAACUUAUUCUUCACAUUUGUGAAGCUGUUAUGUUGCAUGAAAGUUCUUGAACUGGCGACCAGCACUUGUAGGAU